AUGAACCUUAGAUACUAUCCCCGUUGCACUGAGAAGACUUGUGCCAACGGGGCCUGUUACAACCACUCGCAGCAUUGCAAUGGACUGCAGGACUGCCGAGACGGCUCCGAUGAAUUCAACUGCACUACGCAACAUUGUCCCAUCCACCAGUAUCAGUGUGCAAAUGGCUACUGUAUACCAAAUUCAUUUGUGUGUGACCACUGGAAUGACUGUGGAGACAACAGCGAUGAGGAAGGCUGUGUGUACCGGAGCUGUAGUGGCGGUGAGUUCACAUGUUCCAGUGGCCGUUGUAUUCCUCAGCGCUGGGUUUGCGACAAGUUCAAUGACUGUGGUGACUACAGUGAUGAGAGAGGAUGUGAUAGUAACUCUCGAGACUGCUACCCUGGGGAGUGGGGAUGCCCAGGCUCGACAGUAUGUAUUGCGGUGGGCAAAGUGUGUGACGACAAACCUGACUGUCCUGGAGGAGCAGAUGAGACCAACUCCACAGCACAAAAAAUCUGCAGCUUGGAGCAGUGCUCCGCCUUGAGUUGCGAGUUCCUCUGCCACCCGUCUCCUGAGGGAGGCGCUUGCCACUGUCCUGAUGGAUUCACUGUAGCAAACGACAGCCGUUCCUGUGUCGACUAUAACGACUGUCAAAUCUGGGGGAUCUGUGACCAGCUGUGUGAAGAUCGCCCCGGGACACACCGCUGCAGCUGUGCUGAUGGGUACCUCCUGGAGCAGGGCCACGUGUGUAAAGCCAAUGUGUCAGCUGGACUGCCACAGCUUAUUUUCACCAACGGCGGUGAUGUGAUGAUGGCUGAUAUACAUGGACGCUUUGUCAGAACUCUGGUGCCAUCACAGGGGAAAGGAUUUUCAGUAGGCGUGGCAUACCACUGGCACAGCGCCACCGUCUUCUGGAGUGAUACGUACACCAAAAAGGUGUACUCUGCCAACUACAAUGGGGGUGACAUUAAAGAGGUUCUGACCGCUGCAGUCCAGAGUGUCCAGAACCUCGCAGUCGAUUGGAUCAACUUUAAGCUUUAUGUGUUGGAGGCGACGAUGGAGCGAAUUGACGUGUGCGACUUCAAUGGAGAGAAUCGGGUCACGCUUGUGGCUGAAAACCUGCAAACUCCUCAUGGCCUCGCCUUGGAUCCUACAGUGGGCUAUAUGUUCUUCACAGACAUGGGGGUUGCUAGUGAGGACAUGAAGCUCGAGCGUGCCUUCAUGGAUGGAAGUAAUCGCGUGGAGCUGGUGAAGAGCAGACUGGGCACCCCAACAGGAAUUACCCUAGAUAUCAUCACCAAGAGGGUUUACUGGUCCGACAGUCACUUCGACACCGUGGAGACCGUCACCUACAGUGGAUUGGACAGGAAAAUAGUCCUUAACGGUGGAACCCAGGCUCCGUAUCCUUUUGGAAUCGCCGUGUUUGAAAACCACGUGUUCUUCACCGACUGGACCAAGAUGGGUGUGGUGAGAGCCAACCGGUUCAACGGAAGCAACCCGGCACUCCUCUAUCGUACCGCAAAGCGGCCGGGUCAUGUUGUAGUCUCUCAUGCUGCCCUGCAACCCGUUGUGAUGAACCCAUGUGGCAAACACAACGGGGGUUGUCAGCAGAUUUGUGUUUUGAGUCACCGCACCGACAAUGACGGCCUGGGCUUUCGAUGCAAGUGUCGUCACGGUUAUGACCUGCAAACUGACCGCCGGACAUGCUUCAAGGUGAAGGACUACUUGCUGUUGGCCACCUCUCUUGGGGUGCGGGGGAUUCCACUGAAUGUGUCCCUCCAGGAGGACAUCACGCUGCCCCUCUCAGGGCUCGGGACAUCUUUCUCUGGCUCUGCUGUGGAGUUUGACGGCAGUGAGGAAGCCCUUUUCUACAACGACAGGUCCAGAGGCCUCGUCUAUAAGUCCAACCUCAACGGCACUGUCCAACAGAUUUUGACAGGCUACAGAGUGGGAACGAUUGACGCCAUGGCUUACGACUGGACCUCCAAAGUGUUGUUUUGGACCACAAGCACCUACAAAGCGGUGGUGGCCUUCAGAGUCCCAGACAAGUCGAGACGAGACAUUGUGACGGGAUUAAGGAACCCGAAAGGAAUCGCAGUGCAUCCUAGCGCUGGCUUCUUGUUUUGGUCCGACUGGUACCGUCCCGCGGUCAUAAUGAGAGGCUUCACUGAUGGCAGCAAUGCUGUUCCUCUGGUCAACACAACUCUGGGAUGGCCGUAUGGACUUUCUGUUGACUUUGUGAUGGACAGGCUGUAUUGGGUGGAUUCCCAAUUGGACCAGAUUGGUCACAUUAGCAUCCAAGGACAUGACCGACAGACAUUCCCCAAUAUUGGCCAGAUCACUCAACCCUACUCCCUAACAAUUUAUUCAGACUACCUGUAUGUGUCUGACACAAGGACCAGUGCAGUAUUCGAGAUGAGGAAGAGGGAUGGGGGAGGUAACAUUAUGAUCAGACAAGGAAUCACCGGCAUCUUGAACGUCAAGGCCUACACAGCUGACCUCCACAGCGCGUUCACCAGCCGCUGCAAUACGGUGUCCAACGGGCUCUGCAGCCACUUCUGUUUCCCGACCCCGUCCUUGAGUCGAGUGUGCGGCUGUCCGUAUGGCAUGAAGCUUCAGGCCAAUCAGAGGGACUGUGUCAAGGACGAUUCUGUCCCCCCGCCUGACAACAACUGUGGCGACUUCUCUUUUGAGUGUGACGAAGGACGCUGUCGACCCAACUCUUACCGCUGCGAUGGAAUCGCUGAUUGCAUAGACAAGACUGACGAGGCCAACUGCACAGACACAGGAGCGACCUGCUCUCCGCGAGCGUUCACCUGCAACAACAAGCACUGCAUCCUGUCCAACUGGCGCUGCGACGGCGUGGACGACUGCGGCGACGGUUCCGAUGAAUUACACUGCCCCACUAGACUCCCUAGCACCUGCGCAGCCGGCUACUUUACCUGUGAUAACGACAGGUGUGUGUCUGAAAUAUGGGUGUGUGACGGCAACAACGACUGCGGCGACGGCUCCGAUGAACGGAACUGCAAUUCAACCAUCACUACUUGCCCUCCUUCUUACUUCCUGUGUCCCGACCACCGCUGCAUUCACAACUCAUAUUUGUGUGAUGGAGACCAGGACUGUCUGGAUGGCUCUGAUGAGAAAAACUGUGAGUUUGCCUGUGCCUCCUAUGAGUUUGCCUGUUCCAGUGGUGACCAGUGUGUCACUUCGAGAUAUCGCUGUGACGGAGUGUUUGACUGCAGGGACCAUUCCGAUGAAAGAGACUGUCCCACUCGUGUUCCGGGCCUGUGCCACAAUAACGAGUUCCAGUGCCAGACGGACGGUUUCUGCAUACCGGACGAGUGGGAGUGCGACGGCCAUCCGGACUGUGAGGAUGGUUCGGAUGAACACAACUCCUGCCCGCCUGUCACGUGCCGACCCAACUAUUUCCAGUGUACCAACAAGCUGUGCGUCCCAUCGGACUGGUUGUGUGACGGCGAGAACGACUGCCGGGACAUGAGUGAUGAACAGAACUGCCCCACCCCUCCUUUUAAUUGCCCCUCCGGACAGUGGCAGUGCCCCACUGACCUGCUGUGCAUCGACCUGGACAAGGUGUGCAAUGACCAGAGGGACUGCCCCAAUGGAGCAGACGAGUCGCCUAUCUGCAACCAAGAUGACUGUGCACUGAACAACGGAGGCUGCAGCAACGGCUGUGUCCAAGGACCAUUUGGGGCUCAGUGCACCUGUCCAUCGGGAUUUCAGCUCCUCAACGACUCGAAGACCUGCGACGACAUCGACGAGUGCCUGAUCCCAGGUUUCUGCAGCCAGCAGUGCUACAACGAGAGAGGAAGUUUCAGGUGCUUCUGCUCACAUGGCUACCUCCUCGAGGCUGAUGGACGCACCUGCAAAGCUGCAAACCCACUAGCAGCUGUACUUCUGGUCACCAAGCGAAGCCAGAUCAUCGCCGACAGGAUCAACAGGAGACCCCCCCUGAUUGUACCAGUGAUCAGCGGUACAGGCAUCGUUUCCGUGGACUUCGAUCGCGUGACUUCCAGGAUCUACUGGGCAGAUGCAGAGCAGAAAAAGAUAUGGAGUGCCUACCAGAACGGCACGGACAGACAGGAAGUGUUCUCCAGCGGUCUGAUGGUACCUGAGAGCAUAGCUGUGGACUGGACGGGUCGCAACCUUUAUUGGACCGACUCAGUCUUGGAAAACAUUGAGGUCUCCACUCUGGACGGUCGAUUUCGGAAAGUCCUCCUCGUCAAAAAUGUCACAAGCCCCCGCGGACUAGUUUUAGACCCCCGUAACUACACCAACCUGAUGUUCUGGUCGGACUGGGGUCAGAACCCUAGGAUCGAGCGGGCCGACAUGGAUGGAGCCAUGAGACGAGUCAUUGUCAGCACUAAGCUCUACUGGCCCAACGGCCUGGCCCUGGACUACACCACCCGCAGGGUCUAUUUUGCCGACGCCUACCUCAAAUACAUUGACUACUGUGACUACGAUGGCAAAAACCGCCAUCAGGUCAUGGCAAGUGACCUGGUUCUCCAGCACCCACACGGAAUGACCAUCUUUGAGGACAACAUCUACUGGUCGGAGCGCUACACUAGCAAAGUGAUGAGGACGAACAAGUUUCACGGGGGCAACGUCACCACUUUGAUGAACGACGUCUUCCAGCCCAUGGGCAUCGUUAUGGACCAUCCCAUCAAGCAGCCCACAGCCAUCGACCCAUGCAGAGAACACCUGUGCUCUCAGCUGUGCCUGCUGUCAGGCAUGAGACCCAGGUACUACACCUGCCACUGUCAGUCUGGCUGGAAGCUUGGCGACGACAAACGCACAUGUGUCAAAGACAAAACUCCCUUCUUGAUGGUGGUGAGAGAUUCCGUGAUAUUUGGCAUUCCUCUUGAUCCCGCUGACCCUUCCAACAAUGCAAUGGCCCCCGUGUCGGGCAUCAGCCACGGGACGGACAUUGACUUCGAUGACCAGGAUCAGUUACUCUAUUGGGUGCAGAGCACUGGUUCUAUAUGGCAAGUGAAAACCAGCGGUGCCAACAGGUCCGAGUUUGCGCCGGCUGCUUUCAUUGGCUCGCCGUCUGGUUUGGCUUUUGAUUGGAUAAGCCGUUUAAUGUUUUACACCAAUCCUACUGGGAAAUCCUUAGAGGUUAUCCGUGUGGAUGGAGACCAGCACUAUAGGAAGACCCUCAUCACCUCCACCGGGAAACCAGAGGGAACAGGAGAGCCCGUUGGAGUAGCCCUGGAUCCAGUUCAAGGGAAAUUGUUUUGGACGGACAAGGGCUCCGACAACGGAGUUCCUCCAAAGGUUGGCAGUGCCGACAUGGACGGAGGAAACCUCACCAACCUCUACACGGGCAACCUGGCAAACAUUGGAUUCAUCGCCGCUGACAUCCCGGCCAUGAAACUGUACUGGGGCGUGUCGGGCUCAGGGCUGGUGCGUUUACUGUACCUGCUCGACAUAUAGACACAGAAAUGUGUGCAUCUUCAUCUUCACUUUGUUCCGUCGUUAUUUGCCCAGAUUGAGAGUGGCACCAUGGACGGCGUAACCCGGGUGGUUGUGGUGAGGGGCCUGUCUCAUCCUUGGGGACUUACGGUCUACCUGAACCACCUCUACUAUACCGACCUGGACUACGAGGUCAUUGAGAGGGUGGACAAGGACAACGGUGCGAACAUGAGGGUGAUGAGGAGCGGCAUGUCUGGCCUGCGCGCCCUUAAAGUGCACGCCAGAGAUGAAUCGGUAGGGAUCACCAACGCCUGCAGCUCCAACAACGGGGGCUGCCCCCACCUGUGUCUGCCCAAACCUGGCAAUCAAAAAACCUGUGCCUGUACCACAGGCUUCAACCCGUCCCAUGACGGAUCUCGCUGUGAACAGUAUGACUCUCUCGCUAUUGUCUCCGCUACCAACUACAUCCGUGGCUUCCACAUAAACAGCUCUGACCACUCUGAGGCAAUGGUGCCUGUCGGUGGAACCUACUACUCCAUUAAAGGCAAUUUGGAUCUCCAUAUUGAAUCUGGCUUUGUAUACUGGGCUGACAACAGCACCUCCACCUCAUUCAGGGGCAUCUUCAGAGCCAAAACUGAUGGGGGCCAUUACAGCACCGUCCUCAACUCAGGCGUUGGAAGAGGAGGAAUCCCGGGCCUUGCUGUGGACUGGGUUGCGGGUAAUUUAUACUUCACCAAUGCCUUUGAGAGCGAGACCUUCCUCGAGGUGCUUUCAAUCAACACCACUUACCGAAUGAUUCUCCUCAAGUCUUCCCAAGACCGGCCCCGGGACCUGGCCGUAAGCCCCAAGCUACGCUACCUCUUCUGGACCGACGGGGGCCAAACACCCAAAAUCGAGCGGGCCCUGCUCGAUGGCACCAACCGCACAGUGUUGGCAUCCGAAAGCCUAGCGUCACCGCGGGGCCUUACCAUCGAUUAUACCAACAAUUUCCUCUACUGGGUCGACGAUGUUCUUGAUAUGAUCUCCAGAAUGGCUACAGAUGGCACACAGAGGCAGAUUAUCCGCUAUGGGAGCCGGUAUCCAUCGCCAGUGGGGAUGGCUAUUUUUGGAAACUACAUGCUGUGGGUGGACACGAAGCUCGGGAGGCUCUUACAGGCCAGUAAGGACCCAGCUAACGCUGACCAGCCAGAGGUAAUUCGAGACAAUCUCGAGGGGCUGAUGGAUGUCUCGGUCUUUGACGCCGAUGUCCAGCCCACGUCUGCCAACCAGGUGAACAAUAACCCGUGCCAAGAGGAUAACGGGCGUUGCCAGCAGCUCUGCUUCGCCUUGCCGGGCCAGGAGCAACCAAGGUGCGGCUGUGCACACGGGUCGCUCCUCAGCAACGGAGUAACGUGUGGUUACGGACAAGACGAGUUUUUGGUUUUCACCACGGACUACACGCUGAAUAGCCUGAGGUUGGAUCCCUCGGACCACAGCGCCCCCUAUCCGGUGGUGAACUUGGGCUACAACUUGGUGGCUUUGGAUUAUGACUUCAAGGGGAAGAGAAUCUUCUUCACGCAGUAUUUGGGAAUUGGACGGAGCAGAAUUGGCUACGUCACCACGACAUCCAUCACCGCGCCGCCCGUCCUGCUGGCUACAAAUUUGGAUGACCCAGAGGGAUUGGCGUACGAUUGGGUCAACAAGCGUCUCUACUUCACCGACUACCAGAGCCGCAAUGUCCAGUCCAUUGGGGCGGACGGGACGAACCGCUCAAUCGUCGCCCACGCAGAUCGCCCCAGAGGCAUCGUCGUUGACCCCUGCUACGGUUACCUGUACUGGACUGACUGGGGCUUUCCGGCACAAAUAGAGAGGGCCACCCUGGGUGGAAAAUUCCGGACGCCGAUCAUUAACAGCAGCCUGACGACACCCAAUGGCUUGACUCUGGAUUACGAAGAAAGGAUGCUGUACUGGGCCGACGCCUCAUUAGAUAAGAUCGAAAGGGCUACUCUGACUGGCGCCAACCGACAAGUGAUCCUGCUGGGGGUCCAGCACCCGUUCGCCAUGACCGUCUUCCAACAGGACAUCUUCUGGACGGACUGGACGGAGAGAGCCGUCUUUAGGGCGGGGAAGGCCGACGGCUCUGGCUUCGCCGUGCUGGCCCAGGACCUGCAGUACCGACCAAACGACAUCCACGUCUAUGCCGCGUCGAAGCAGGAGAGCUGCUCCAGCUCCUGUCAGCAGUUCAACGGAGGCUGCAGCAACGUCUGUGUUUCCGGUCCAUUGGGCCCAGAGUGCCAGUGUCCUCAUGAGGGGAAGUGGUACCUGGCCAACAAUGGCAAAGACUGUAUUAAAGACACAGGGAAACGCUGUCAGCCGGAGCAGUUCAGCUGCCUCAACGGGAACUGCAUCUCAGCGCGCUGGAAGUGUGACGGCCACAACGACUGCCAGGAUAACUCGGAUGAGCUGGAGAGAGUUUGCGCCUUCCACACCUGCUCAGCCACGGACUUCACCUGCGACAAUGGCCGCUGCGUGCAGCUCAGCUACGCCUGCGACUACGCAGACGACUGCGGAGACAACAGCGACGAGCGAGGCUGCCCCUUCCCCACGUGUAACCCCGCCACCGAGUUCACCUGCGCCAACGGACGCUGCAUCAGCGCAGCCUUCGUCUGUGACGGCCACAACGACUGCCGAGACAACGCCACCUCGGACGAAGUCAACUGCCCUGACAGGUCGUGUCCUGCAGACCAAAUCAAGUGUGAAGGCAACAACAUCUGCAUCUACCCUGAAAGCCGGUGUGAUGGCUACAACAACUGUGGAGACAACAGCGAUGAGAAUCCUCUCUUCUGCGAGGGGCGCACAUGUUCUACGGAUCAGUUCCGCUGCGACGAAGGGAAAUGCAUCCCCAACCUCUGGGUGUGUGACUCCAUCCAAGACUGCAGUGAUGCGACGGACGAACCUCUUUCCUGUGAGGAUCAAAUCAGAACAUGCAGUCCCAGCCAGUUCACCUGUACAAAUGGAAACUGCAUCCCCCAGUCAUUGGUGUGCGAUGGGAAUAAUGACUGCUGGGACACAAGCGACGAGGCUCCUGAACUACAAUGUGGCCAACGUACCUGCAGUUCCGACCAGUUCACCUGCCCCACCUGGUUUCCCGGUUACCCGCGCUGUGUGCCGCUAAGCUUUGUGUGUGACGGAGAGAAAGACUGCGCCAAUGCGGCGGACGAGCUCCAUAACUGCCCCAACCGCACCUGCCAUAUGAACGAAUUUGCCUGUUCCAACGGGAUUUGCAUCCUCCUCCCCUACCACUGCGAUCGUGUGAAUGACUGCGGGGACGGCAGUGAUGAGUUGGGCUGCACCUACGACACCUGCAGCAGCCACCAGUUCACCUGCGGCAACGGAGCGUGCGUCCCCGCCUCCUUCACCUGCGACGGGCAGAGCGACUGCAUGGACGGCUCGGAUGAAGCAGAGAGCUUGUGCGCCCCGCCGCGGCCCACCUGUGCUCCGCAGCAGUUCCUGUGCAAGUCGGGCGAUUGCAUCGAGAUCAGCAAGGUGUGCAACGCGCAAAAAGACUGCCAGGACAACAGCGACGAGAAAGGCUGCGGAAUCAAUGAGUGCCUCAACCCAUCAGUGCACAAGUGCGCCCAGCUCUGCACGGACACCCUCACCGGUUACUACUGUUCCUGCCAGCCCGGGUACCAGCUCAUGCCGGACGGCAAAGCCUGCGAGGACCUCGACGAGUGUUCCAGCACACCCGCCGUCUGCAGCCAGAUCUGCGAGAACGCGGUCGGCUCGUACCACUGCAAAUGUGCCCCCGGGUACAUCCGCGAACCGGACGGACGCACCUGUCGCCAGAACAGCGGCAUCGCCCCGUACCUGUUGUACAGUAAUCGCUACUACAUCCGCAAUUUGACCACCGACGGCUCCCUUUUGAGCAUAGUCCUGCAGGGGCUGUCCAACGUGGUGGCGCUGGAUUUUGACGACUACGAGAAGAGGCUUUACUGGCUGGAUGCGGGGGCCGGAAGGAUCGAGCGGAUGCGUUUCGACGGGACGAACAGGGAGACUCUGGCGGACGACGAUGUAUUGGGAGCUGAAGGCCUGGCACUGGACUGGGUGGGCAGGAAGCUGUACUGGGUGGACGGCUAUUACGGUUCAGUCCAUGUGAUGGAGCUGGAUGGACGCUACCAGAAGAGACUGCUGUCAGGAGAAUUCACCGAUGGAAACGCCACUCAUCUUAUCAGCCGGCCUCGUGCUGUGGCGGUUAACCCCAAAUACGGAUGGCUUUACUGGACCGACUGGGGUGACGCUGCAUAUAUCGGCAGAGUUGGCAUGGACGGACGCAAUGUCAGCGCCAUUAUAACGAGCAAGCUGGAGUGGCCCAGUGCUCUGACCAUAGACUACACCACCAACCACAUCUUCUUUGCUGAUUCCCACCUCACCUUUCUGGACUUUGCGGACAUGAACGGUCAGAACCGACACCGGGCCAUCGCUGGUGCACUUCCCCACGUCUUUGCCGUCUCCCUGUUCGAGGACUGGGUCUACUGGACGGACUGGAACACGCAUACAGUAGAGAAGGCCCACAAGUACACUGGCGAGCGGCGCACAAUCAUGGGCAACAACACACAUCGGCCAUACGACGUUCGCGUGUACCACCCCUACAGGCAGCCUCGCAGUGAGAACCCCUGCUCCUCCCAUCACCUGACCUGCAGUCACUUGUGUCUGAUUGCCCCCGGUGGGGAACAAGCUACCUGCCAGUGCCCAGAUAACUUCAUCGCCCUGUCGGUGGGCUUCACGAUCCAGUGUGUCGCCGACUGCUCCAGCACCCAGUUCCGCUGUGGGGACAACGAGAAGUGUGUUCCUAUAUGGUGGAAGUGCGACGGCCAGUCGGACUGCGGCGAUGGCUCGGAUGAGCCUCAGACCUGCCCGCCCCGUUAUUGCCCCAUUGGCCAGUUCCAGUGUCGCGACGGCAGCUGUACAAACCCCGGCUUCAUCUGCGACGGCCAUCCGGACUGCCCCGACGCCACCGACGAGGACGCAGCUCUUUGUAGUGACCACCGAUGCCAAGAAAACCAGUUCCAGUGCAAAAACAAGAAGUGCAUCCCCGUGUCCUGGCACUGCGACGGAGUGAGCGACUGUUCGGACGCAAGCGACGAGGACGCAGAGACUUGUUCCCACAGGACGUGCCGACCAGGAGAGUUCCAGUGCGCCACGGGGCGCUGCAUUCCGUCGAGCUACGUGUGCGACGCCCAGGACGACUGCGGGGACGGAUCCGACGAGCCGCAUGAAACCUGCAUGGGGCCAGACUAUAAGUGCGACGAGGAAACCGAGUUUUCCUGCAAGACGAACUACCGCUGCGUUCCGCUAUGGGCCCGCUGCGACGGCGCCAACGACUGCAUCGACAACACGGACGAGCAAGGCUGCGAGGAGGUGACCUGCGAUCCGCUGGGAGAUUUCCGAUGUGAAAACCACCGCUGCGUUCCCAUCCGAUGGCAGUGUGAUGGCACCGACGACUGCGGAGACAGCUCAGAUGAAAGAAAUUGCCAGCCACGGCCUUGCUCUGAGAGUGAGUUCCGAUGUGACGACGCGCAGUGCAUCCCUGGAAACUGGGUGUGUGACCAUGACAACGACUGUGGGGAUAACUCGGACGAACGUGACUGCGAGUUGCAGACGUGUCGUCCGGGUCACUUCCAGUGUGACUCGGGUCACUGCGUCCCCGCUGCUCUGCAGUGUGACGGACGGCCAGAUUGUCAGGACCUGACGGACGAGACCAGCUGUCCCACCCGUUACCCAGGAGGCCGUUGGUGCCCUCAAAGCCAGUUUGAGUGUGCGAACCAUCUGUGUGUGAGCCAGGGCUGGGUGUGCGACGGAGUCGAUGACUGUGGGGACCGCUCUGAUGAACAGCUCACUUUAUGCUUGAAUGUGACCUGUGAGAUGCCGUCCAGGUUCCGCUGUGCAAACGGUUACUGUAUCUUCUCCGGCCUGCUGUGCAACCAGAAGGACGAGUGUGGCGAUGGCAGCGACGAGAAGGAAGAGCUCUGCCGCGAGCCCACGCUGCCGCCCUGCACGCUGGAGCAGUUUAAAUGCACCAACGGACAGUGCGUCGCCCUGCCGUACGUGUGUGACCACAACGACAACUGUGGGGACCGCACCGACGAAUUAGGCUGCAACUUUGGCAAUGAACGCAACUGUGGAGAGAAGCUGUGCCAGCACGAGUGCACCGACCUGAACGGCACCGGCUUCAUCUGCUCCUGCAGGCCGGGGUACAGAGUGGACCCGGACAGCACCUACACCUGCCUGGACGUCGAUGAGUGUGAGGUGUGGGGCACCUGUCCUCAGCUCUGUAAGAACACAAAGGGCGGCUACGACUGCGAGUGUGCCCCCGGUUACCGAAAAGCGGGGGACGGCAGCAGGUGCGAGGCCGAGGGAGCGACUCCCUUGAUGCUGCUACCCGAGAACAUUCGUAUCCGGAGGUUCAACCUGCAGACGGAGACCUACCACGACUUCCUACUGGAAGAGGACCGCGUCGUGGCUCUGGACUACGACUGGGACCACAACCACACCGGAUUCAGUAUGGUGUACUUCACUGUGGCCGGUAAGGACUCUGUAGCGGGGGCCAUUAAGAGGGCGUACAUCCCCUCGGUGGACGAUGGCAGCAACAACGUCGCCGCUGCUGUCGACCUCGGGAUCAAAUACAUCAGCAGGCCAGACGGCGUCGCUGUGGACUGGGUGGGCAGGAACCUUUACUGGGCGGAUUCCAGAUUGAAGCGGCUGGAGGUGGCCAUGCUGGACGGACGCUACAGGAAGCAGCUGGUUAAGACCGAGCUGGGCCAGCCGUCUGCCGUGGCCGUCAACCCGCGUCUGGGGAUGUUGUACUGGGCCGACCGGGGGGACGCAGCCAAGAUCGAACGCUCUUGGCUGGACGGUCAAGAGAGGACGGUGUUGGUGGCCGACGGCCUGGGUUGGCCCACCGGCCUGUCCAUCGACUUUGCCAACGGCGACCGCAUCUACUGGUCCGACUCCAAGGAGAGCCGCAUCGAGUCGGUGCUGCCGUCAGGAGGCGACCGCAGGACGGCAGUAUACAUAGAUGCGAGAAACCCCUUCAGUGUGAGUGUGUUCGAGGACCACGUCUACUGGAGCACUCAGGAGAAGGGCGAAGUGUUCCGGCAGGACAAGUUUGGCCGCGGGGCAAAGACCAAGCUGUUGACGGGCGGGCCGUGGCUCACUCAGGUCUCUGUGUACCAGCAGCAGAGAUACAGCUCCGUAGCCAUGAAGAAUCCGUGUAAGGGCACCUGCAGCCACCUGUGUCUGCUCCGGCCGGGGGGGUACACCUGCGCCUGCCCCCAGGGCACAGACUUCAGACCCGGCAGUAACACUGAAUGUGACGCUGGGUUCGAUCCUCCUCCCACCAUGCCCCCACCCUGCCAGUGUCAAAACGGAGGCACCUGCUACUUUGACGACAACAAGGCUCUUUGCAUAUGUUCUCCAGACUGGACCGGAGAGUACUGCCAGAUAAACGCACACAACGUGGUUGCAUCCUCAAUUGGCAUAGCGAUCGGGGUGACAGUGGUGAUUGUGGCCCUGCUGGCCGCUCUGGUCUACGCUGCCAGGAAGAAGUCCAACCUGAUUCAGAGAGUACGGAGCAGCUUGCCCAGUAUGCCCAGUAUGCCCAGUAUGCCCAGUAUGCCCAGAAUGCCCCACCUCCCAAGCUUCAGAAACGGUUCAUCUCCAAAUGCGUCAUCAGAAGAACGUGAAACGAGGCAGAAUGUUGAAGCGGUUCCCUCUAUGUCCGUGUCCAUGCCGGAAACAGACGAGAGGAGUUUUGAGAACCCAGCAUAUGAAGUUGUUGCACAACACGUUGCCAUGGAGACCAUAGCAACCAGCUUCACUCCGGAUGGAUCAAACGAGAACAUAAGUAAUCCUUUGUACACGGAGCACGAGCCCACAAGAGGUGCUGCUAAACCCGCCACUGUCAACGAGGAGUCUCUGAGGAACACAGCGCACGGCCCCGUCCUGGAAGACGUCGACAUCACCUCAACACCGCCGGCUGCUUCCGGCACACUGCAGUCUGAACCCAUUGGGGACGACAAGUUUGCGUCUUUCCAAAACCCCACAUACAUGGAGGAGCCACCGGAUUCUGAAAUCUGAGUUCCAGAGAUUAGACGUAUCCACACUUCAGAUCUGAAGCCUCGUUCAUUCUCGUUGGUGUAUGUAGCAAGUAACAAGUAGAGCAUUUUCUAACACUGACAGACCCACAACUAGUGAGUCAAUAUAAAUCCGGAUAGAUGAACAUCCUUAAAUACAAUUUCCAUGUUAUUUGUGCAAAACAAAAAUCAGAAAUGAUUUACUGUCAUUAAUAGGAACCCAUUCAACGGAAUUAAUGACUGUUUAUGAUUGAUUUGUUUUAUAUCUUUAUUUGCAUUGUGAUUUUGAGGAACUUGAAUAUUAAA